AUGAGCCCCUUCAACGGCGACAGGGACGCGGCCGUCCUACUGUUCGGGUCGCAAGUGGAAUCCUUGUCCAAGGAGGCACUCGACGAAAUCAGGAAGUCACUGCUGGACGACGUGUCCCGGCAAUGGAUUCUCGAGACGCUGGCCGGGCUUCCCAGCUGGCUGGACGCUCUGGCCAAAGCACUGCCCAAGGUUACAGAUGCGAUUGGCCCCGACGGCAGACAGCUCCUGGUGCAGCUGGAGUCGUGGUUAAGAAACGGCGAGCAAGACGGCUGGGUGCUGGGCCGCUCGAGGGUGCCCAGCGUGGUGCUCGCCCCUGUAGUCGUCCUCGCACAGAUUGCGCAGUACCGGCGGUAUCUCGCGCUGAGCCAAGCAAGGCACGCAAGCGUGGUGGCGCAGGGGAAGGCCUCGACGUUGGGCUUCUGCAUGGGCUUGUUGGGAGCCUUUGCCGUUGCAAGCGCCAACAACGACGCCGAAGUCGAGCGGUACGGGGCCGUGGCAGUGCGGCUGGCAUGCGUGGGAGGUGCCCUGAUCGAUGCGCAGGACGAGUGGAGUGCGACCAAGUCGUUCGCUUUGGCGUGGACGAACUCGAAGCAAAAGGAGUCGGCAGAAGGCAUCGUCAAGGGCCUCGCACCGGAGGCGUACAUGUCGGUGCUCUACGACGAGGCACGCGCGACCAUCACAACAUCGGAGCGGGCGGCGGCUCGUUUACUGCGUCAGCUUCGUGCAGCUGGAAUCACCACGGCCGAGGUGGGUUUCCGCGGCGACAUCCACAACCCCGCCUCUCAGACAAAGGCCGAAGUUGACGCCCUGAUUGCCUUUUGCAACGACAACCCCGACCUCCAGUUCCCCGAUGCCGCCAGCCUCGCCUUGCCCACCUACACCAAUGUCGGCCAUGGCCAGCCCGUCGCCUCCACAGCUGGCUCCAUGCACGAGAUUGCCUAUCGGACCGUCUUCGAGCACCGCUGCGACUGGUUCAAUACUUUCGCAAGCGUCAAGGCCGCCCGUCUCGAUGGCACAGACGGCCACGUCGUGGCGUUUGGCCCCGACCGCUGCGUGCCCCAGACUCUGACGCGCUCGCUGGACAACAGAGUCGUGCACUUUGCUGACGGUGGUUUCGACGUGCCUGUCGUGAAACAACAACAACAACAACAACAACAGAGGGAUGCCAUUGCCGUCGUUGGCAUGGCCAUCAAGGUCGCCGGCGCAGACGACGUCGACGAGUUCUCCGAUAUGGUCAAGACUGGCGAGUCUCAGCACGUAGAAGUCUCGCGGGAGCGCAUGCGCUUCGAGACGCUUUUCCGCGAGGGCGACGACGAUCCAUCGCGCCGGUGGUUUGUCAAUCCCAUGCGCGACGUCGACGCCUUCGACCACAAGUUCUUCAAGCGCAGCCCGCGUGAGUCGGCUUCCAUGGACCCGCAGCAGCGCUUGAUGCUCCAGGCCACAUACCAGGCCCUUGAGCAGGCUGGUUACUUCACCGAAGACCUGCGGAAUGCCCCGGACGAUGGGAGAGACCGGAAGCAUGUUGCCGUGUACAUUGGCGCCCCGUCGGUCGACUACGAGCACAACGUGGGCACCCACAGUGCCAACGCCUUCACGUCGACGGGCAACCUGCAGACUGUCCUCACUGGCCGCGUCGCUCACCACUUUGGGUGGACUGGCCCGGCCAUUACCCUCGACACGGCAUGCUCGUCGUCGGCCGUGGCAAUCCACAUGGCUUGCCAAAGCCUGUUGACUGGCGAGUGCAAUGCUGCCCUCGCUGGCGGCGUUGCCUUGUUCACCAACCCCACUUGGUACCAGAACCUGGCCGCUGCCAAUUUCCUCAGCCCCACCGGCCAGUGCAAGCCGUUCGACGAAAAGGCCGACGGUUUCUGCCGUGCCGAAGGCAUCUCCUGCGUCUUCCUCAAGAGGAUGUCGGAUGCCGUUGCCGACGGGAACCCCAUCUUCGGCUGCAUCAACAGCUCGGCUGUCUACCAAAACCAGAACAGCACCCCGAUGUUUGUGCCCAACUCGCCUUCACUCUCGUCGCUCUUCAAAGAUGUCCUCAAAAAGGCAAAGGUCAGCCCCGCCGACGUCUCCCUUGUCGAAGCCCAUGGCACGGGAACGCCCGUCGGUGACCCUGCCGAGUACGACGCCAUCCGACGGGCGCUCCGUGGUUCCGAGGUCCGAUCAAAGCCUAUUCCUCUGGGCUCGCUCAAGGGUCAUAUUGGUCACACCGAGGGUGCAUCGGGUGUCGCCUCGCUGAUCAAGGUUAUUGCCAUGAUGCGCGAGAAGUACAUCCCGCCCCAGGCCAGCUUUACCAAGAUAAACCCGGCUAUCAAGGCGUUGCCUUCGGAUAUGCUUGAGAUUGUUACCAAGCUUCGUCCAUGGAAUGAAGACAGGCAAAAGGUGGUCCUUAUCAACAAUUACGGUGCCGGAGGGUCGAACGCGGCUAUGCUAGUGACCGAGCCGCCAGCCAGUCUUACCUCUGGCAACAAUGAGCAGCAGGAAUCGCGUUUGCCCUUCUUUUUAUCUGGCCUCGACUUGCGUAGCAUCAAGGCGUAUGCCGCCAAGUUGGUCUCGUUCCUGGAGUCAAAGUCCCAGUCCUACACACUGGCCGAUCUCUCUUUCGGCAUUGACAGACACUCCAACCCAGAUCUUAGUCAAAGCCUUGUCUUCAGCUGUCGAUCAGUCUCGGAGCUGAAGGAGAAGAUCUCCAGUGUUGCUUCUGCCAAAACCACCAAGUCUUCGGAGCUCGGCAUUGAGAGCUCCAAGCCCGAGCGUCCUGUCAUCCUCUGCUUCGGUGGCCAGGUCUCGACGUUUGUCGGUUUGGACCGCAAGCUGUACGAGAGCGUCGCCGUCCUGAGGAACCACUUGGACAAGUGCGAUGCCAUCAUUCAGUCCCAGCUGGGCUUGGGUAGCAUGUACCCAGACAUCUUCUCCCGCACGCCCUUCACCGACCCGGUGCGGUUGCAGACCAUGCUGUUUUCUAUCCAGUAUGCUAGCGCCAAGUCUUGGAUCGAUUGCGGGCUAUCGGGCAAGGUUGCUGCCGUUGUAGGCCACAGCUUCGGUGAGCUCACGGCACUCUGCAUCUCGGGCGCCGUGAGCCUCGAAGAUGCCAUCAAGAUGGUUGGUCGCCGAGCUCAACUGAUACGCGACUCUUGGGGCUCGGACAAGGGUGCCAUGAUGGCCGUCGAGGCAGACGAAUCUCUUGUCCAGGAGCUUCUGGCCGAGUCUGGCAGCCAUCUUCACGGCCAGAACGACGGCGCCAGCCACACCCCGGCUGCCAUUGCCUGCUACAACGGCCCGAGGAGCUUCACGCUCGCCGGUUCCGUCAAGUGCAUUGACGCUGUCGCCGAGACAUUGGCUAAGAAUGACCGGUUCUCGGCCAUCAAGAAUAAGAGGCUCAACGUCACUAACGCCUUCCACUCGUCGCUCGUCGAUCCACUCGUGGACUCUCUGGAGCAGGUCGGCAAGGAGCUGGCAUUCCAGGAGCCUUCGAUUCCAUUGGAGCGUGCCACCGAGACGAGGGUUUCUGGUACCCCGACGCCGGAGUUUGUCGCCGACCACAUGAGGCAGCCCGUCUUCUUCAACCACGCGAUUCAACGCUUGGCCAAAGACUACCCGUCGGCCAUUUUCUUGGAAGCCGGCUCCAACUCGACCAUAACUGUCAUGGCAAACCGUGCGCUGAUGGGCCAGGCAGCCUCUGGCACCGCACACCAUUUCCAGGCGGUUAACAUCACCAACGGAGGAGGCCUGGAUGGACUGACGGACGCAACUACCGCCUUGUGGAAGCAAGGCUUGCGCGUAUCGUUCUGGGCGCACCACGCUCAGCAGACAAAUGGGUACGCGCCUCUGCUUCUGCCACCGUACCAAUUCGAGAAGACGCGCCACUGGCUGGAGCGCAAGUCCAUGGCCGACGCUGUGGCAAAGGCAGCCGCAGAGCUUGCGGGCAAAACACAGCCAACAGUCCAAGCGGACGAGCAGAAGGACGAUGCUCUCUGCAAGUUCGUUGGCUACCAAGGCCGGGACAAGACUCCUCGCUUCAGCAUCAAUUCCGACUCCCCCAAGUACAGGGAGCUACUCGCGGGCCACAUCAUCGCCCAGACGGCGCCCAUCAGUCCCAGCACACUUCAGUUCGACAUGGCCAUCGAGUCUCUCUUCAGCCUCCACCCCGAGUGGAAAGCCGCCGGCCUGGUGCCUGUGCUUCACGACUUGGUCAACCACUCUCCACUCUGCGCGGACCAGUCACGUGUCUGGUGGCUGGACUACAAGCCCCUUGACGCAGCCGAGUCUCAGUGGGAAUGGAAAAUCUCCAGCACUCUGCACAACGGCUCACAGACACAGCAACACACCCAGGGGCGUCUCCACAUCCGCUCUCCGGAAGACGAGGCGUUCAUAGCCGAGUUUGCGCGCUUUGAGCGUCUUGUCAACUUCGCUCCUUGCGCGGCUCUUCUCGCUGCAGCCGGCCGCGACGGAGAAAGCGACGACAUCGACGUGUUGCAGGGCCGUAACAUCUACCGCGCAUUCGCCGAGAUGGUCGACUACUCGGACAUCUAUCGCGGCGUGCGCACCGUGAUAGGCCGUGGUGACGAGUGCGCAGGCCGUGUCCACCGUCGCCACUCUGGCGAAACAUGGGUCGAUGUCCUGUUGGACGACUGCUUCAGCCAAGUUUCGGGUAUCUGGGUCAACCUCAUGACCGACGCCGGCGACGGCGAAAUGUACGUCUCUUCGGGAUGCGAGCUGUCGAUGCGCUCGCCCCGUCGCCUUGUGCAGCCUGGAAGCACGCAAGAACACUGGCAUGUCUAUGGCCGCAGCACGAAGAAGUCCGACACGUCCUUCGUGAGUGACGUUUUCGUCUUCGAUGCCUCCACUGGCCAACUUGCCCAGGUCGUCCUCGGCAUCCAGUACUCCAAGGUGCCGAUGGCUUCAAUGAGCAGGAUGCUCUCGAACCUCACCAAGGACCCGUCGGUGAUGCCCCAGCGUACUUCGGGUGCCAAAGCUGCCGCUCUGCCUUCUACGGUGCCUGCCACCGCGCCCGUCAGCAAAUCGAAGAAGACGCAGAAGAAAAAGACCAAGAAGGCGAACGCUUCCACUCCGAAGCGCCCGGAAAUCACCGAAGAGGUUCGCAAGCUGGUGGCGAACGUGUCUGGCAUGGAACUUGGUGAUAUCACACUAGACUCACAACUGGCUGAUAUCGGCAUCGAUUCGCUGAUGGGCAUGGAGAUGUGUCGCGAGAUCGACCUCGUCUUCAAGUGCACGGUUGAUCAAGGGCAACUGCUUCAAGCCACUAGCGUUCGCCAGCUUGUCGAGUUCAUUCUUAAGUACGUGCCGACACCUGCGUCUGACGUCCCUGAGCAAGAAGAAGAGGAAGAAGAGGGAGAAGAAGAAGAAGUCGAAGAGGUGUUUGCGACCGCCACCACCACAACAACGAAUCACCCGUCUUCUGACGAAUCCGACGACGACGAGGACAACGACAGCUGGUCCAAUGUAACUCCCCCUAGCAGAGACAGCCAGCCUCUGGGGUCCAAGCCACGCGACCUUGCGACGCGCUUGGCCGACGCGGAGAGGUACGUGGCCGAGCACACGGCUGGAUGGGCCUCCAAGCAGCUCGAGGAGACGGCGGAAAGGCCCGCGCCCGUCAAUCGGGAUGACGCCGUUGUCAUAGUUACCGGUGCCAGUGGCAGCCUCGGCUCACAUCUCGUGGCCGCCUUCGCCGAAAACGCCAGUGUCAAGGCAGUCGUCUGCGUGAACCGGCACAACAGCGUGCCGGCCGAGAAGCGCCAGCUGGACGCCCUCUCGAGGCGCGGCAUCUCGCUUUCGCCCGACGCCCAGGCCAAGCUGCGCGUCCUCGAGACAGACAUGUCGCGCCCGCAGCUUGGGCUCGCUGCGGCCGAGUACGACUGGCUGGUGCAGAACGGCACCCACGUCGUGCACAACGCCUGGCCCAUGAGCGCCACCCGGCCCAUCGCGGCCUUUGUGCCGCAGUUCCAGACCAUGCGCAGCCUCCUCGACCUCGCGCGCGAGAUGGCCUUGGCCAACACCCAGCGCAGAGUGGGCUUCCAGCUCGUGACUUCCAUCGGUGUCACGGGCAAGGCUGGCGUGCCCCGCGUCCCCGAAGAGCGCCUCCCCUUGGCCGCUACCCUGCCCACAGGCUACUGCGAAGGGAAGUGGGUGUGCGAGCGCAUGCUCGACGCCACGCUCCACCAGUACCCCAGCAUCUUCCGGCCCAUGGUGGUGCGCCCCGGCCAGAUCGCCGGCUCGACCAGCAGCGGCUACUGGAACCCGGUCGAGCACUUCCCGUUCCUGGUCAAGUCGUCGCAGGCCGUGCGCGCGUUCCCCGCUUUCUCCGGUCGCAUGCAGUGGGUCCCCGUGGAUGCUGCCGCGGCUGGCAUGGCCGAGCUGCUGUUCAUCGGCGCCGAGGCAACCGCUCCCCCGCCCAGCGCCGUCUACCACAUCGACAACCCGGUCGGGCAGCGCUGGGAGGACGUCUCGCACGUGCUGGCCGAUGCCAUUGGCGCCGAGGGCGUUGUGCCCUUCCGGCAGUGGCUGAGGCUCGUGUCGCGCUCGCCUCUGCCUGCGACGGAGAACCCGGCGGCCCAGAUCUUUGACUUCUUGGACCGCGAGUUCGAGCGCAUGUCGUGCGGUGGGCAGAUUUUGGAUACCACGAGGGUAAAGGAGCAUUCGAAGACUAUGGAUGCUCUGGGGCCUGUGAGUGCUGAGGCUGUCAGGGGUUAUGUGAGGUCGUGGAAGGAGAUGGGCUUUUUGAAGUAG